UUGUAAAAUGUUUGGCCGCCAUGCACGAUGGGUCCAGAGUUGUCUCGGCGGGUGCUGACGGGACGGUUAGGAUUCGCGACCUUUCAAUUUCAGCGAAGUCUAAAACCGUCCAGCUUGAUGGCGAUGACAAGGAGAGAGUGCUUCGUGGCCACAGYAAUGCUGUUACUUGUGUUGUUGUCUUGAAAGAUCGCCGUCACAUUCUCACAGGUUCUAAAGACUCUACCAUUAAACUUUGGGAUAUGAAUAGCAGUCUGUGUGAAGCGACAUACACUGGGCACARCAAAGAUGUCGCAUGUUUGGUAGCUACCGCUGAUAGCAACACAUUUGUCUCAGGCUCAACGGAUUUCACUAUUAGAAUCUGGUCAACUAAUCAUAGCGAAGAAACCCACAUCAUUUCCGAAUAUAACGACUCAAUCACCGACAUCGUCAUGACAACGGAUGACCGCUGCUUUAUUGCAGGCUCACAUGAAAGUAAGCUUCAACUACGCAUGUGGGAUAUCAAAACAGGCGCAUGUGCAAGGGUGUUCCAUGGACAUACCCAUGCUAUUAUGMGACUGAAAGUUGCGCAUGCUCAUAACAUGCUGUUGUCAAGUUCACGCGACGGAACGGUAAAAGCCUGGGACAUAGCAUCUGGGAAUUUGCUGAAUUCGUUUGACUUUCAAUCGCAAGUCAAACAUUUUGACUUUGCUCCUGUGGGGGAGGGGGACAGCAACUAUUCUUUCAUCGCGGUUACCAAGUCCGGUACUGUUGGAAUCAUGAAGUUUUGGAAUCCCCACCAGCGCGCAGUCGCUGUUCAUCUUCCCGAGAAUGUUUCAGAAGCGAAGAAAGAAGUUAAACCAAAAGAAGAAAACAGCAGAGAAAGAGAGAAAGAAGAGGAAAGAAAGGAAGAAAACAAAGUCAAACGCUUCAAGGAGGUGGGAGGUCCCGUCCCAACUAGCAUCACUUUCAGKGGGAAUUCGGGGUGCUGUUCGCGGUGUUCCUGCUGUAACUGCCAUAGAUGUACAGUUUUGUAAAUUGACGCAAAUUGACGCAUAAAAUCGCACUCAAAUACACUUUCAGUUAAUAAAAUUUGUAUGGACUGUAUGAGUUCACUCAUAAACAUUUGUCAGUUAAACCUUAGACGCUCUUAAAGAGCGCUAUUACUGGUACCAAUUAAAUUUUUGGGCCUUUUAUUUUUUUUAAAUGCUAAUAAGAUCAGAACACUCAAACAUGUUAUGGUCAAAAACUACUUCUAGAUUUGAAGAAAUGAAUUUUAUAAUAAAAUUAAACAAYUUUUGCAAAGCUCACUUCUGAUCAAGUUUUGAGUCUGAAUGGAAAAUU